AUGGGAGAAGAACCACUGCUUCAGAAACUCAAGAUCCAAGAAGAUCUUGAAUCUGAUAAGAGGAUUCUUGUUAACGACGGCGACGGUGAUGGCCCCGUCACUUUAGUUUUACUUUUGACAACCUUCACCGCUCUAUGGGGCGUGUUCUCCUAUGGCACUGCCGCCGGCUUUACGUCACCAGCUCAAACUGGGAUGAUGACAGGAUUAAACCUCUCUUUGGCUGAGUUUUCAUUCUUUGGAUCCGUCUUAACAAUUGGUGGACUUAUGGGAGCAGCCAUGUCGGGAAGACUUGCCGAUGUUUUUGGUCGGAGAGGCGCUUUGUGGGUUUCAAACUCGUUUUGCUUGUCCGGUUGGCUAAUGAUCGCCUUCUCUCGGGCGACUUGGUCCCUUGAUAUCGGAAGACUUUUACUCGGUGUGGCAGCUGGUGUAGCUUCUUACGUGGUACCUGUCUACAUUGUAGAAAUUGCACCCAAGAAAAUCAGAGGCGCUUUAUCUGCAAUUAACUCGCUAGUGAUGUGUUCUAGCGUCUCCAUCACAUUCCUCGUUGGAUCAGUCAUUUCGUGGCAGAAAUUAGCUCUCUUAAGUACGGUUCCCUGUGUUUUAGAAUACGUUGGUCUAUUCUUUAUACCGGAGUCUCCUAGGUGGCUGUCCAGAAAUGGUCGGGUUAAAGAAUCGGAAGUUGCACUCCAACGCUUACGAGGAAACAACGCUGAUAUCACCAAAGAGGCUGCCGAAAUCAAAACAUAUAUGGAACAUCUUCAAGAAUCCAAAGAAGAAAGUGUUUUCGAGCUCUUCAAACCACGAUACUCUCGUGUCAUUACUAGCUAUGGUUUACUCGAGAAUUACACCCCGAUUUCAACAUUCUUUGGAGUGUUGAUUUUUCUAGUCUCGAUCCCAAUUGGCAUAGGAGGUAUUCCAUGGAUCAUGGUCUCUGAGAUGACACCAAUAAAUAUAAAGGGAUCAGGAGGAACUCUAUGCAACCUAACGAGUUGGUCCUGCAAUUGGUUCGUCUCUUUCACAUUCAACUUCCUCUUCCACUGGAGCUCUUCUGGUGUGUUUUUCAUAUAUUCAAUGAUAUCUGGUGUGGGCAUCCUAUUUGUGAUGAAAAUGGUACCAGAGACUCGAGGUCGUUCACUCGAAGAAAUUCAAGCUGCUAUUACUCGUUGA